AGUUCUGUGACGACGGCGAGAAAAAUGGUAUUCGUUUCUGUGAGAAUACAGAAUCUUCGGUUACGAAAAAGUACGAGCAGCGAGUAAAAUUGUACAGGAAGCGUUGUCGAAACGAAAUGCGUUCUGUUUCCGUGACUACUAAGUGAAUUUGAGCAUCGAUUGUUUGCCGUAUUGAUUGCUUAACGGAUUGUGAUUGUCUGAUAGAUUGCCGUCUUGAUUGAUAUUGAUUGCAGCGAUUGUCUCAAAUCCAACGAAGAAUACCAUUCCUUUCCUGCUUGAAAUAAAUUGCUACCUUCCCUGCCUUUGUGUUGUGCACGAGCGAACAUCGUUGUACAUCCUUCCCGUGUUCGCUUUUUACUGAGUACGAAUUGUUCUCAUUCUGGUGCUAGACGUUUUUUCCAGGACGAGUCUGCGACGGUUUGCCAAAUCCCGGUACUGCUGCUCAAUUUUUCCGGCAGUGAUUGUUUUCUUUAACGACGGUGCUAUUUUUGCUGCAACACACUCCACCAUUAUACUUUUUGGGUACAGCAGCGAACAUGCAGAACAUUCUUUCCCGGUCGGCCGCCCUUCGAGGAAUCCAACGGCUCGCCACGACACCGCAAACCGCACCCUGCCGUUCGCUCCGCUGCACCUCCCAUAGAAUUCUUCCUUUCUGCUCCAGCACCGGGAAUGCAACCAAUCCGUAUGCUUCCGGAGGCACAGCCAGUAGCAUCGCCAUCGACAGCAAGAGCAAAACCGCCGUGACCAUUCGAAGCUAUAGCAGUCACAACAACCGCAACAGCGACGACGAAGGCAGCGGUGCCCGGUCCUCCCUUCCGCAGGGAUCCAACGAUUCACUCCGCAGGGCCUACGUCCACCCGCUCUCGCAAGUGGUGCUGGAAUACCUGCAGGACUGCCACCACGACUGGGUCGUUUCCAAGGGCCUGGAUCGAUCCCUGACUCUGCACCGCGACGGGAGCUUCGAGGCUAGGUACGUCCCCCCGCCGGUGGCCUCGAAGAGCUGCCCUCCUCUGCCCCCCGCGCUGCAGAUCAGCGCAGCUCCCAAGCACCACGCAAUCCCGGGCCGUGGAAGCGGUGCCGAGCCGGUGAUUUCGGCCACCGUGUCGGCGAGUGCCGCGAAGAGUCGCGACGACGCGGAGCGGGAGGCUUCCGCAAAGGCGACGGGAACGGGAACGCUCCGCUCGAGCAGCGGCAGCGACCGCGAGAGCAACCGCGCCACACCCGUGGACCAGGAGCCGGCCCAGGCCACCUCCACCGAUUCGAACCACGGCCUCGGCAGCAACAACAACAGCAACAACAACAACAACCACGACCACGACACGCAACACAUCCGGAUCUGGACGAGCUUUGACGAGCAGGAGAAAAAGCACUGGCUGACCGUCCGCAAGGGGUUGUUCCGGCAGCGGUUCCUCCUCCAGGACAACCUCCUGACGGCCUGGCAGGGCAAUCGCGGGACGAGCCUCCCGGAACGCAUCCACGUGGCCGUCGACGAAAUGAUUCGGGCCGUCGACCGAUUGGACCAGCCGUCCAAAGUGCCGGUGAGCUCGCCAACGGGACACUUUCAGCAGUGGCACCAAAAGGGCCAAAGGCGGUUUCGGAAGCGGUGACAACGCGAGGGAUUCUGAUGGCUGCAGUGGCAGUGUUCCGGUGUACGGGUACCGCGCGGCGCAUUGGUGUCGCUUUGCACCCACCAAAAUCCACACGCAAAAACACACACAGGUACAAAAACACGCAACUAGAGAGGUUGCGAGAGGUUUAGAGAAUUGGUUCGCUGGUCCUCAAACGAAAUCACCAUUGCAUGAAUCCUUCGUAAGAGAUUAGUACAAUACACGCGGUGCUAGUUACGGCUCGGUUGCGGUUGCUACACGCUACGAAAGUGCGCAUUCGUGCGGUACGUGAACGAGUUCGUAGUCCGAUCAACACCUAAAUUCACAACGAUAGAAUAAUGAACCCCAACAGUAAUU